CAUUGAGAUUCUACAUCCUCCACACGAGCUCACUGCAGCGCCUGUUCAGAAUACAACCAUCGCGACAGCCCCUUCAAAGCAAUCCGCACAAAACAAACCAGUGCACCACCACUGAACCACCAACAUCCACUCCUACUAUUAAAUCCACGAUGUCCACUACAAACCAUCCACCAGCACAAAACCAACAACAACAACAACCACAACCACAACAAGCCUCGGAAUCCAUCCCCCUCCCCGCCCACCUCGACCCCACCACCUACCCUCGCACAACCACCGACCCAACCCUCAACACGCACAUCACCCUAACCUACUCCCCGCUCGACGCCACCGCCGCACUCGCGAGAGUCUCCUCCCCGCAGGCGGGCGCCAACGUGCUCUUCCUCGGCACCACGCGCAACACCUUUGGCGACCGCCCCGUCGCCCAGCUCAGCUACACCGCCUACCCGCCCCUGGCGCUGAAGACGCUGAGUGGCAUCGCGGCGGAGGCGGUGCGCACGCACGGGCUGCUGGGCGUAGUGAUCGCGCACCGGCUGGGCGACGUGCCCAUCGCGGAGAGCAGUCUUGUGAUUGCGGUGAGCGCGGCUCACCGCGGCGCCGCGUGGCGGGCCGGCGAGGAAGUGCUGGAGCGGUGUAAAGAGAAAGCGGAGAUUUGGAAGCGGGAGGUGUUUGUCGAUGGGGGUGGAGAGUGGAGGGAGAACCGCGAGAGGGAUCGGGAGGGGAAUUUGCUGGUUUAGGAGGUGUAUGCUGGGAUCAUAAUAGACACAAAACAAAACAAAACAAAGCUAGAAAAGUCCCGUGGUAGUCCCGCAUCCCGUCGGCGGACAUACAGAGUCUUCAUGAUUUUACCGAGUAGGGUAUUAUAUAG